CAGAGGCACCGAGAACGGCACAGCUCGCUCCAUGGCCCAAACUACAAGUCCCAGAGUGCUCCGCGCUCAACGCAUCCCCCACGAGUCCGGACGUGCGGUGAGCGGCUCCUGUCCACGGCGCCUCGCCGCUUCGACACCGCCGGCCAGCGCGAAGGCGGGCCUGAGCUCCAAGAACCGGGAUGAGCGACACGAAGCCCGCCGACUCGAAGAAGUGGCGCUUAUAGCAGCUCCGCUCCGCCGGAUCCCCUCUCCCCCUCCCCCACCCCGCGGAGCAAACCCGCCUUCCAGCCACGCGCGCGGCCCGUCUUCCGCGCCUGCGCAGAUCUCGGCGCUGCGCGCGCUGACCCACACCCCCAUCACGUGGGCCACGCCUUCGGAGUCUCCGCCCCUGCCGCCCGGAUCCCACCCCUCUCGAGUAGGACCUUCAACACCAAUGAUCCUGCAACAACGCCUGGAGCGAGGACCCCCGAUUCUAGUCCAGCGCGACCUGCGGGCCGCCACGGGGGCGACUCGGGACCUGGACGCCAGGGAGCCCCUGCACAAACAGUUCUUAUCCGAGGACAACAUGGCCACCCACUUCUCUCGACUCAGCCUGCACAAUGACCACCCGUACUGCAGCCCCCCCAUGGUUGUGCCCCCACUCAGGAGCCCUUGCUCUGAGCUGCUUCUCUGGCGCUACCCUGGGAGCCUAAUCCCUGAGGCUCUCCGACUCUUGAGGCUGGGGGACACUCCCAGCCCCUACUAUGCUGCAACCUCAGCUGGGGACGUACCGGAGCUCUGAGUGCUGGGCAGUGCCCCCUUCCUCCUUCCCCAACAGAGGAGACCAGCAGCCCCACGGAGACACGGUGCUUGCUCAUCCUCCUCCAGACCCAGCAUCUGGACAGCAGGACCUUCCCCAGCAGGGGACACUGAGCUAGUGGAGCCCUGGGGUGGGAGAGGCAGGAGCCUGGAAUAAAGAUGGCUGAGAAAAGGAA